UUCCGCUCCAGCAUAAGCAAAAUUAUAACCCCCACAUACCGACUUGCAUGCAAUUUUCAGAGCCUGGGUGCUCCUCCGUUGAGGGACUUUGCCCCCGAGACCCACUGACUGUCUGUGAAUGACAAAUCAAAAGUCAGGGUUGCAGAAUCAGCCGGACUUGCCUGCUCAUUUGCAGCAGAGGGAGGAAGGAAAAAAAUGAAAGAUUCUGAAAAUAAAGGCUGAUCCUGAACACUACAGAAUAAUAACUCACAAAUGAAUGACCAAGACUUUUCAGAAACGGGAAAGGUGCCUCAUCUCCAGACAUGGAGCCGAGCUAUGGAGGAGGUCUCUUUGACAUGGUGAAAGGAGGUGCAGGGAGGCUCUUUAGUAACCUCAAGGACAACUUGAAAGACACCCUCAAAGACACAUCUUCUAGAGUUAUACAAUCUGUUACCAGCUACACCAAGGGAGAUUUAGAUUUCACUUAUGUUACCUCCAGAAUUAUUGUGAUGUCCUUUCCUCUGGACAGUGUUGACAUAGGAUUCAGGAAUCAGGUUGAUGACAUUCGAAGCUUUUUGGAUUCCCGACAUCUUGACCACUACACGGUGUACAAUCUGUCACCAAAGUCUUACCGAACUGCCAAGUUUCACAGCAGGGUCUCAGAAUGCAGUUGGCCCAUCAGACAGGCCCCCAGUCUGCACAACCUCUUUGCUGUGUGUCGGAAUAUGUAUAACUGGCUACUGCAGAAUCCCAAAAAUGUUUGUGUUGUCCACUGCUUGGAUGGACGGGCAGCAUCGUCAAUUCUGGUUGGUGCUAUGUUCAUUUUCUGUAAUCUCUACUCUACUCCUGGCCCAGCUGUUCGGUUACUAUAUGCAAAGCGACCAGGAAUUGGACUGUCACCAUCCCACAGGAGAUACCUGGGCUAUAUGUGUGACUUACUAGCGGACAAACCCUAUCGCCCUCACUUCAAGCCUCUCACGAUUAAGUCGAUCACUGUUAGUCCGAUCCCCUUUUUUAACAAACAGAGAAAUGGAUGUCGCCCUUACUGUGAUGUAUUGAUUGGAGAAACCAAAAUAUAUACAACAUGCGCAGAUUUUGAGCGAAUGAAAGAAUACCGUGUCCAAGAUGGAAAAAUCUUCAUUCCUUUGAACAUCACUGUGCAAGGAGAUGUGGUUGUUUCCAUGUAUCACUUGCGGUCAACCAUUGGGAGCCGGCUACAGGCUAAGGUGACCAACACUCAGAUAUUCCAGCUUCAAUUUCAUACUGGAUUUAUACCACUGGAGACAACAGUUUUAAAGUUCACCAAGCCAGAGCUGGAUGCAUGUGAUGUACCAGAAAAAUAUCCUCAGCUAUUUCAGGUCACUCUGGAUGUAGAACUACAGCCUCAUGAUAAAGUCAUAGACUUGACCCCACCCUGGGAACACUACUGCACAAAAGAUGUUAAUCCCAGCAUCCUCUUCUCUUCUCACCAGGAGCAUCAGGAUACUUUGGCCUUAGGAGGACAGGCUCCAAUAGAUGUUCCUCCAGACAACCCCAGGCACUUCGGGCAAGGUGGCUUCUUUUCCUCUCUCUGUUGGCAAGACCAGAGAUCAGAGAAGUCAUUCUGUGAGGAGGAUCAUGCUGCCCUAGUGAACCAGGAAAGCGAGCAGUCGGACGAUGAGCUUCUGUCCCUUUCCAGUCCUCAUGGCAAUGCCAGUGGCGACAAGCAUCAUGGAGCCAAGAAGCCCAGCAAAAAGCAGCCAGAGCCAGCUGCCCCUCCACCCCCUGAGGAUGUGGACCUUCUGGGCCUAGAAGGUUCUGCAGUGAGUAAGAACUUCUCUCCACCGGCGGCUCCGCCCACCAAUUCCGAACUGCUGAGUGACCUGUUUGGGGGCGGAGGUGCGGCCGGCCCUGCCCAGGUUGGACAGUCGGGGGUGGAAGAUGUAUUUCAUCCAAGUGGGCCUGCAUCCACCCAGUCAACACCGCGCCGGUCUGCCACCUCCACCUCUGCGUCUCCAACGCUAAGAGUAGGAGAAGGUGCCACCUUUGACCCAUUUGGAGCACCUUCUAAACCAUCAGGGCAAGAUUUGCUGGGUUCUUUUCUGAGCACAUCGAAUGCUUCCAGUGACCCCUUUCUUCAGCCAACGAGAAGUCCUUCACCUACAGUGCAUGCCUCUAGUACACCUGCUGUGAACAUUCAGCCAGAUGUUUCAGGAGGUUGGGACUGGCAUGCCAAACCAGGAGGUUUUGGAAUGGGAAGUAAGUCAGCUGCCACCAGCCCCACAGGAUCCUCACACGGCACUCCCACACACCAAGCCAAACCGCAGACUCUGGAUCCUUUCGCUGACCUUGGGACACUAGGUAGUUCUUCAUUUGCCAGCAAACCUACCACACCAACUGGAUUGGGUGGAGGAUUUCCACCUCUCAGCUCACCACAGAAAGCAUCUCCCCAGCCUAUGGGUGGAGGGUGGCAGCAGGGAGGUGGCUACAACUGGCAGCAGCCUCAGCCUAAGCCCCAGCCCAGCAUGCCACAUUCCUCUCCUCAGAACCGACCCAACUACAAUGUGAGCUUCUCAUCCACACCUGGGGGUCAAAGUGAACGUGGGAAAGGAUCGACGAACUUGGAAGGGAAACAAAAAGCAGCUGACUUUGAAGACCUACUCUCUAGUCAAGGUUUCAGUGCACACAAAGACAAAAAGGGGCCCCGAACAAUAGCUGAGAUGAGAAAGGAAGAAAUGGCUAAGGAAAUGGAUCCUGAAAAAUUAAAGAUUCUGGAAUGGAUUGAAGGCAAAGAGAGAAAUAUCAGAGCACUUCUGUCCACUAUGCACACUGUGCUGUGGGAAGGGGAGACCAAGUGGAAACCAGUUGGCAUGGCAGACCUGGUGACACCAGAGCAGGUGAAGAAGGUAUACAGGAGGGCUGUGUUGGUGGUGCACCCAGAUAAAGCUACUGGGCAACCCUAUGAACAAUAUGCAAAGAUGAUUUUCAUGGAGCUCAAUGAUGCCUGGUCUGAAUUUGAAAAUCAAGGCCAAAAGCCCUUGUAUUAAUGUAUGAGCUUUCCCAUCUCUGCUGCAGACCUGUGCUAACGCUUAGUGUGUGUCACAAUUCUGAGGUUGUCACAGAUGAACCAAAAACUCCAGUAACAUGUAUCCAGUACUAACCUGUUAAAUUACUUGUGAAUUAAUUCCUUAUUGAUAAGGAAUGUGGAUAAUUGUUUUCUCAAGCCCCCACCAUAAAAGGUCCAAAGCAGGAGAGGAACUUGUAGUCAGAUGACCUUGCACAACAUUCCAGCCUGCCCUUUGGGGACCCUACUCAGCAUUUUCUGGGGAAAUGGAAAAUAGAGGCCACUGAAGGCAUAAUAUCCAUCUCAUUGUCUGAGGAUUAAUGAGCAAAAGUUAUAAUAGGAUUACAUGGUGGAUUUUAACAAAUGGUUUUUAGAUUUUCUUGGAAAGAUGUAAUUUGAAUAAUGGCAUUACAUAGAUUCUAGGAAUGCAACCACCAACUGUUUUUUUUUUUUUUUUAAAAUGGAAAUUUACUAUGGUCUUAGCAUAACACUGCAUUUCUUUUGGUCUGGAGAUUUAGAGAUGUAAAAGAACUUGACUUGUGGGAAGUGACUAUACUACAAUCUAGUGGUUACCACCAACCGUUACUGGAAACGCUAAAAAAGUAGUGAAAAUGCUGGUAAGAGAAUAUAAGGGCUCUGAGGCUGUAGGGAUAUUAUUCCUGGUCAGAAACCAGGCUGCUGCCUUCCUUUCCCUUUAGAAAAUUGUGGUUUCUUAAAGGAAAUGUUUUAACACCAUAACAACAACUCUAAACCUGGACUUGAAAGAAACUUUAGUUUUGUUAUAAUGCUUAAUGCUCUUCCUUUUGCUUAGCCAAAAAAGUGUUCUUAGCUGGAAAUAGGUUGCAAAGCGGUUUGGCAGGACUGAUACACAAUAUGGUCUCAGCGUCCCCUAGAUCUGUGAGCGGUUGUGGUGAGAGUGCUAUGCUCACCUGCAGACUGGGCCAGAUGGCUUGGCAGAAUUUGCUUUGAGGAACCAGUUCCCCUCCCUACCUGGUGAAACUGGAUUAUUACUUGGGGUCUAUUGCUUUAAAUAUAGUUGGGGGUCCACAGGAACAGCAUUCGCACAGGGACAUCUGCGAAAGAAAAGCAAGGAUGAAACCUUUGCAGACCUCAUACUGGUUAGAUUUCAGUCCAGUGUUUUGGCUGUUUCUCACUUGAGGGAUAAGCAGCUGUUAUCCUGUGACUCCAGUAGAUCCCUUUCGGUGUGCACAUCUACAAUGUGCCUACAGUAUAUAUAUGCAAGGCAGAUGGGCACAAUGGUUUCCACGCUAGUCUUAAAAAGGUUCAUGCUCAAUAUUAUUGUGUUAAGCUUUCAAAAGUUGUUUUUAAAAGACAAUCACUUUUGUUUAUAUUUUUAAUUUUCUUGUGGUAAAUUGUACCAGACAAGCAGCAUGUCGAAAAUACUUUUUGUUCUGUAUAGAACUCUCUUCCUUUUUUUUUUUUUUGGGUUAUAAAAGGUUCAUCACUUACUUUACCUUUUACUGACAAUGUGAAACUCAAAGAAAAUGUUCUCUUUUGAAAUAUACAGCUGUAAACUGUUCAAGGUAACCAUAACAAACUAGGUGUUAUUUAUUAACAUAUUAUAAAAUAAUGUUUGAUCCAGUAUGUGCUUGUCUUAUUUAAAAUUGGAAUGUGAGACAUGUUGCUGUGACCUGUUUUUUCUCAUUCAUUCACAUUUGUAGAUAUUGUGUGAACUACAGUAUAUAAUGAUAAUAAUUAAAAAAGGCUAUUAUGUGAAUGUCACGUACAUUUUGAAAUGAUAGAACUAUAUUAGCUUUGUAUCAUGUUUGGAUAAUUCAUCAAUAUUCACAGUUUAAAACAUCGUUAAACAUUAUAUAAUUAGCAAUGAGAAAGAAUCUUACCUAACUUAAAUUUGGGAAUUCCCCCAUCUGUAUUCCGGAUACAUUAUAAUUCUGGACCCCUAUUUAUCUCAAAACUCUUAACAUAUGCAGACCAACAGGGCUUUGCAUUCCUUUAAAAUAUCUGGUUGUGACAGAGCUUGUUGUUGAUCAGAUUCACUGUUUC